GUUUGUCAGAAAAUGUAAAUAAAGUAAUAAUUUAUGCACGUAUCAAAGCACACUAAACAUAUUGCGAGUUUAGCUUGACUCAAUUAUAUAUUUCUAUUAUAUCAAUAUAUCAUUGACAGCAGCAGGUGAACAUUUCACACCAUUCUUUGAAAAAUAAACUGGAUUCAUCAGGCAAUAUUUUCCACAACUGUCAGAAACUACAAAAGUGCUGUAACAGCUGUUUCCUGUUUUCCAUGGACCAGUAAUUAAAUUUCAGUAAACCGUGCAGGAUCACCUCAUGGUAAAUAACCACAGACUUACAAAAUAAUAACCUACCUUGACAAUCAUAACUAGUAUGGAGGAGGAGAGACGACAAGUUCAGAUGAAGGAGUUUACAGAAAGAUCAGCAAUAACAGGGGAGGAAAACCGUGGAUUCACAUCUGCAAUCGGGUGCUGCAUUCAGAACAUUCCAAAAAGACAUAUCUUAGCUUUAAUCUCAUUUCUAGGAUUUGCUAAUAUUUACUCUAUGAGGUUUAACAUGAGUAUUGCCAUUGUUGCCAUGACGCACAACAGAACAACAUGGGACAAAAAUGGGACAGCAAUACAUGAGGGGCCAGCAUUCGAUUGGGACAUGGCUACACAAGGGAAGAUUCUCUCUGCAUUUUUCUUUGGUUAUAUCUUCACACAGUUACCAGGAGGUUACCUUGCAUGUAGAUUUGGUGGAAAGUGGCUCCUUGGUGGUGGUGUCCUAUCUACAGCCAUCUUUACCCUAUUCACCCCCUUAGCUGCCCUUGCUAGUGUAGAUGUGUUGAUUCUAGUGAGAGUAUUAAUGGGCCUAUGUGAGGGAAUGACAUUCCCUGCUAUGAUAGCUAUAUGGCGCAAUUGGGCACCAGAACUUGAACGUUCCAAACUGACAACAAUCACUAUGUCAGGUUCUUACAUCGGAACAGUGUUGGCUCUCCCUAUCUCUAGUGUAUUAGCAAAGACAUUAGGGUGGCAGUCUGUAUUUUAUGUUUCUGGUACAGUAGCAAUAGUUUGGUUUGUUCUCUGGGCUUUCAUAGUGAGUGAUAGUCCUGCAGAACAUCCCUCCAUUACAACUGAGGAAUUAGAAUAUAUCCAUCAAAAUAUUGGAUUCAGUGGAAAGCAAGCAAAACAACAAACCAUUCCAUGGCUGGCUAUAUUUACAUCUGGACCCGUAUGGGCAAUUGUAGUUGCCCAUUUUGUUGAAAACUGGGGCUACUAUACCCUACUUACUGAGAUGCCCACAUUCAUGAAGGAUGCGCUGCUUUUCAAUCUACAAGAGGCUGGUUUCCUGGCAGCUGUGCCCUAUCUUGUUCUUGCCUUUGUGGUGAUCUCAGCGGGACAGUUGGCUGACUACCUCCGCAGGAACCACCUAUCAACAACGAUAGUGAGGAAAAUCUUCACUGGUGCAGCAUUUAUUCUCCAAGCUGUGUUCCUGGUGACUGCAGCUUAUAUCAUGACUCCUGGCCCAGCUGUAGCUUGUAUGACUUUAGCUGUAGCAAUUGGUGGUUUCUCCUACUCAGGCUUUAAUGUCAACCCAUUGGAUGUGGCCCCCCAGUUUGCUAGCAUUCUGUUAGGUAUCUCAAACACAGUGGCCACUAUACCUGGUAUCAUCUCUCCCAGCCUUACUGGACACAUAGUUUCACACGGGACUGCAGAUGAAUGGAGGAUUGUGUUCUACAUAGCGAGUGGAAUAUAUAUAGUUGGUGCAAUAGUAUUUGGCAUAUUUGCAUCAGGUGAACGUCAACAUUGGGCAGAUAUGCCAAUGGGAUACAAGCCAUCAUCUGAUGCUAUGGGAGAUCCUUUAACAGAAGAAGAUUAGAGCCAAUUUACUAAGAAUGGGUGUUUAGGUAACCUCAUACUGAGAACUAUCUAUUUUGAACAAUGUGUCAUUUAAGGCAACUCAUUUAAACUACCGGUAUUUACUAGUCUUACGAAAUGCUUAUUGUUUUUUUUGAUUGAAUUUCCAGGAGUGGACUGUCCAAUUCAUUUUUUAUAUGAUUUUUUUUUGACCACUCUCAGUUGACCUCGUCUUGUGUGUCACUUAGAAGAUCUGUUGAUUUAACUCAUAUAUUCCUGUGUUUUUAUUAUUUUAUGCCAGACUGCUGUGAAGGCACAAUUUCCAGCCAAAAAAAUAUUUAUUUUGAAUUAGCUUGAGAAGAAAGGUUAGUUUACAAGAACACAUUCCUUUACAUGAGUAUUUUUAUCAACAUGCACAUUCACUAGGGGAGGGCAUCAUUUCGACUGAAACGAGCGUUUUCAUUACAUUUUUGAAUUUUUUAAGUACAAAAUUCAGUAUAUUUAUAUACUGAAAAUGUAUUUACUUUUUUAAAAGUAC